CACAAAACAGCAACCAUCGGGUAACAAGUGACGACGGCAAACGCUCCAGUUGCUGUAUGUUUCGUGGUUUGCACUUGCUAUCCCUUGCAGCAGAAGGUCGCGGCAAUGGCGCUUGCACGGUCCGCUAGCGGUCCUGGAGGGCUGAGCGUCAACACGGGCUCGUCCAAUCUGUUUGGAACCAACACAAGCCAGGCUCCAGCAGGAGGCGGGCUCUUUGGGACCGCGACUUCUCAGCCCGCGCAAGGAGGAUCUUUGUUCGGCACGGCAACCUCGCAGCCUCAGCAGACUGGGAGUCUUUUUGGCUCGACGACCACACCAGCUUCGCAACCUCAGCAGACCGGCGGCCUCUUCGGCCAGACGACGGGAACCACGAAACCGCAGCAAACGGGGAGCUUGUUCGGGACAGCUACUGCCCAGCAACAGCAACCGCAAUCACAACAAACAGGAGGAGGAGGGUUGUUCGGGAACACGUCGUCGCAGCCGGCACAGACAGGGGGCCUUUUCGGCGGAGCGACACAGGCACAGCCGGCGCAAACUGGGGGAUUAUUUGGUGGCUCAACGACACAGCAGCAACAGCAGCAGUCUCAGGCUACGGGAGGGCUCUUCGGCGGCCAGAGUUCAACCACCGGCGGAAUGUUCGGUGCUAAGCCGGCGGGGACGACGGCCGGGGGCGGGCUGUUUGGGCAGCCGGCGAAGCCGCAGACGGGCGGUCUCUUCGGUGCCAGCCAACAGCCCCAGCAGCAGCAACCCAAACAAGUCGGCCUGACAAUGGGCCAGUCGACCGCCGCGCAACAACAAGUCGUGCCCGGAGUGCGCAUCGACCUCAGCAACAUCAAAUCCACCACCCGCUUCAACGACCUGCAAGAGUCGCUCCAGAAGGAGAUCGCCAUGAUCGACGAGGUCAUCCAGAAGUGCAUCAAGGACAAAGAAGUCAUCGACGCCUUCAUGCCGUCGCACGGCGACCAGCUGGCCGCCAUCCCGACCGACGUGAGCUUCGUGUCGCGCAAGUCGGAGGGCGCGCACAACGCGCUGUCGAGCGACAUCGUCGCCAUCGACCAGCUGCGGGAGCUGGUCAAGCAGGACGCGGGCCACGCGCGCCUGUCGUUCAAGGCGAUCGACAACCUCAAGCUGCCGACGCAGUACCACCAGGCCGGGCUGUGGUCUAAUAGGGGGCAGCAGGUCGGCGGCGGAGCGGGCGCCGGCGGCGGGGUCGGCGUCGGCGUCGGCGUCGGGGAUGCGAACGAGCAGAGCAACUCGGAUCUGAUCAGCUACUUCUCCCAGACGGCGAGCGAGAUGGACGAGAUGAUGAGGAAGCUGGAGCAGAACCUGGGCGAGAUCGAGGUGCAUCUGCACGGGGUCCAGGGUAACAUACUGGAGCAGAUGCAGCGGGUGGCCGCGCAGUCCAAGAGUGUGGCCCAGGGCGGCGUGGACGAGAGGGUUAUUGAGCUGGCGGGUGUGCUACGCGACUUUGAGGAGAGUAUUCUGAAGGUUGCUGGGGUUGUCGGAGGCGUCCGGGAGGGAGUCACGGAAUUGCAGCUGAAGGACUUCAUAGGCCACGGCAGCUGAGCGGCAGAGCGCGGUUAGGGCGCGUAAUCGGCGGAAUAGGAAAGUGUACAACAUUUGCGGGUGAAUUAGUAGAGUGUUAGCAUACCCGAUCACCACCUAGAUGUUUGUAUUCAUCGCAUGCAGGAACAAUUGACAUCAAAAU